UGAGCUACGGGGGUUUCCUUGUCUUUGACUGGAGACCAACACGCAGACAGGCGGAUGAUAACAGCAUCCAUUGCUGUUAUUCAGCCUUCACACAUCUCAAUGAACUGCUCGCAAAGAAAUCACUGAUCGUGCCUACUGCUUUUUGCAGGGCAGAGAUACUGAUCAGUGUCUAAUACUGCAUCCUUUUUCUUAUGAGAUUAUUUUUUCAUAGACUCUUUUUUAAUUUCUAGGUCUCUGUAGCCUAUUUCUUUCCACCAUGGUGCUAGGAAAGGUAAAGAGCUUCACAGUAAGCUACGACUGUCUCAAUGACAGUAAUGUUCCCGUUUUCUCCAGCGGGGACUGCGUCUCAGGGAGGGUGAUCAUCGAAGUCACCGGAGAAAUCCGGGUGAAAUCACUCAAAAUUCACGCAAAAGGAUUUGCAAAAGUUCGUUGGACUGAAUCAAGAAAUGCUGGAUCCAACACUGCCUACACUCAAAACUACACAGAAGAAGUGGAAUAUCUGAACCACAAAGACAUUUUAAUUGGACAUGAAAGAGACGAUGACAACUCUGAGGAAGGACUCACCACUAUCCAUUCAGGAAGACAUGAGUAUGCAUUCAGCCUCGAGCUUCCACAGACACCUCUGGCUACCUCUUUCGAAGGGAAGCAUGGCAGUGUGCGCUACUGGGUAAAAGCAGAACUCCACAGGCCAUGGCUCCUGCCCAUGAAGACCAAGAAGGAAUUUACAGUCUUUGAGCACAUUGACAUCAACACUCCAUUACUGCUGUCACCACAGGCAGGCACAAAAGACAAGACACUUUGCUGUUGGUUCUGCACCUCAGGUCCUAUUUCCUUAAGUGCCAAAAUUGAGAGGAAGGGAUACACCCCAGGAGAGUCAAUCCAGAUCUUUGCUGAGAUUGAGAACUGCUCCUCACGCAUGGUGGUGCCAAAGGCAGCCAUCUACCAGACCCAGACCUUCUAUGCCAAAGGGAAGAUGAAGGAGGUCAAGCAACUGGUGGCCAACCUGCGAGGAGAGUCCCUAUCCUCGGGCAAAACGGAGACAUGGAGCGGCAAGAUGCUGAAGAUCCCACCUGUGUCGCCCUCCAUCCUGGACUGCAGCAUUAUCAGAGUGGAGUAUUCCCUCAUGGUAUAUGUGGACAUACCUGGGGCCAUAAACCUGUCCCUGAACCUGCCCCUUGUCAUUGGAACCAUCCCUCUCCAUCCCUUCGGCUCACGCACGUCCAGUGUUAGCAGCCAGUGCAGCAUGAGCUGGCUGGGCAUGGGGCUGCCGGAGAGACCUGAAGCCCCGCCAAGCUAUGCAGAAAUUGUGACAGAAGAGCAGAGGCAGACCAGUCUGGAUGUCCCAGCAGCCCGUGAGGAGCUGGACGGACCACUCUUUGCCUACAUUCAUGAGUUCCGCUUUCAGCCCCCUCCUCUGUACUCUGAAAUCGAUCCGAAUCCAGAUCAUGCCAGCCGUACAGAGGAGCGCAGGAUUGACACCUGUCCAUCACGCUGAGGUUGUUCUGAAAUUCCUCUGUUGGACUUGGGGAACUUAAACAAACUUGUGUGCGAAGCUCAGCUUUGUUUAUUUCUCUCUGACAACAGUGUUGUGCCAACACUGUUGACCUCAAGAGAAAAACAAAGUCUUCUACCAACCAACCACCCAACAAAGACUUGAACACACUGACAGUUGGGUUAGGUCGGAUAAAUCUGUUCCUGCCUUUCCUCAGUGAGAGAAACAGGAGUCACUAGUUUGGGGUAUCACUUCCUUCCUGUGUCAGCCUGCUGAGGGUGGGAUAUGUUCACAUGAACACAUAUUCAGUGUGUAUGAUAAACCCCACUAGUAGCGAGAGCCCUGGUGAUAGUAUUGAUGACAAGGAAGAAUCACCACGGCUCAGUCUGCCAAGCUUCUCUUUAAUCCCUAAUUCUUCUGUACCCGUGGCACAUAAGGACAAGACUCCUACAACAAAGGAGUCGAACCACCAUAGUCUGUGUGAAUGAAAGCAUUCAGCGGCAGCAGUCUACGACUAAGUCCUCCUGCCUAAUUUGGGAUUUUGUUUUUGCACAUUUUAUUCUUUACUUGAGUUGUGUGGCUCUAUUUAAGGAUAAUUGAAAAAAAUCACUAAUGGUUUGGUUUCAGCCUUGUAAUGCGCUAGACUAAAAUGAGACUGCAAGCUUAACUUUAAAGACUUUCAUUGGCAUAACUUUGAACAUCAGAGAGAACAGGAUUUGAUUUUGGAAAAAAACGACUGAAAAGGACAAGAACAAUGCACUGAUUUUGUUUAAGCUGUUUAAGAUUUUUCUUUUUUCUCCUUCCUCAUUUCGUCAAUGACUUACAACAGCUUGACUGGACUUUAACAAAAAACUGCAGCACACUAUCUCCAUCUGGAAGCUCUUUAAGAUGUUGCCUCCCCAGCUUGGAUCCAAGUGUGGCGUCCCUCCUGAGUUUAGUUCUGUUAUUCUGUGUCUGCUCACAUGUUUAGCUCUAAUCAUGUAACAGCUUUUUGACUUUUUUAUUUUAAGGUUGCUCUGGAAUUGGACUAGAAGGGUUACAGACCUUUAUUUUGCCGAAAGAAAAAUGUGUGUAUGUGUGUGUGUGUGUGACAGAGGUUGGCAGAUUGUGGAUUAACUUGCCUCAGCCUAAUCGCCUGCAGCCCCUCUACUCCUAAUUACAGAGCAAGCCAAGCUUUCAUAACUGCCCAAAAAGCACUGUCUCAGGUGGUCUUCUCACUUGCCAAAUGGUUAGAAAAAAGGAAAUGUUAUAUCUUUUUAAAUUGCACCGUUAAAAAUAAUGGCGACAGUUUUUUUUUAACUACCAGAAUGAGAAAGUAGACUUGCAGAGAUGCGAGGCAGCUGUCUGAGAUGAAUCACAUUCCCUUUUUGUCCUGCUGCACUUGCCCAGUUCAUCCACGCAACAGAUUUUACCAGACCAGUGAAACCAGAAUGCUAGUUAUUAAAAAAAAAUAAAAAGAAUAUGUAUUGCAUUAAAGAUGCAAACCCAGCGCAACUGAAAAGCGGGGGAUGUUUUUAAAUUUCUGGUCAGACUGGUCAGAACAAGUAGAAAUAGUAGUAAGUAGGUUGACAUGAGUAAUACAUUGGUUUUCUAACUCAUUCAACACAAAGGACCAGCUGCAUCAGAGGUUUGACAUCGACAGGAAAAAGGUUAAGCAGCACUUUUUUGAUAAGAAAAAAAAACUGCAUUCAAUGGUGAAGGUCUGGGGGAAAAAGCCCAUUUGGUACUACUAACCAUGCUUUUACUAGAAAUACAUCAUUUAAACAUUGUUGUGUAGUAUGCAUUAUUUAAUCUUUUUAAGAUUAGAGAUUUUUACGUUUACAUUUUAAUGUAGUCCACGCAAAUUUGUAUGUGUUGUGUGUCUGUGUGCACGCUUUCACUCAGAUCCAGCUGGCAACUAAACAUACAGCUUCUAACUGCAAUUGACAAAGUGCAGAUUAUUAAAGUGAUCUUAUCUUAGUGGCCUUGACACAGAAAAGACCUGAUCAUGACUCCUCAUUAUUCAGCGUCUACAUUAACUCUUGUUCUCCUUUACCUGUUUGUACACAUCUAUAUGUUGUAGACCUCUCCAUGUUUAUUCAAAAGGACAAAAAGGGAAGAGGGG